GCCACUGGUCACUGCAUGGACUGUUGCUUGAAAAGUGAAACAUUUCUGAUAAGCGAUAGGCAUCAAAUGCCCAGUCAACGGACCAAUGGACCUUUGAUGUGCCAGCAGCCCACCCAUUAAUCGGUCCCUCCCUCCCUCCCACCAUCCAUCCAGUCCAAGAGUGGAACCUGUCUGGGUAGAAGGUUGGUCGCCUAAGUCCCUGACUGACUGACUGGACACGUGGUCUCAACUGCCUGUAUCUCGUCUGAGCGGAAUUGAGGCCCGGCCCCCAUCGCCAUGGCGCUCCCGGCCCAUCCGGAGGAGCUCAUGGCGCAGCUAAACCAGAAAUGCGCCCAAGGCGAUCGCCUAUUGGCCACGCUCCACUCGCCGGAUUUGGCGGGUGUGACGGGCUUGGCCAAGUUGGAGAAGAAGAUCCGGCAGGAGUUAAAAUUCUUGCGCAAAUUCACGCAGAAUGGGCCAGGUGGGCCGGGCCGCGGCACCUUGAAGCGCGAGCACUUGCAGUGCAGCAAUCUCCAGAACUUGGCGGCCAUUGUCGAGGUCUUGCAGACCACGGGCCCAGUCGUGGCCGUCUUGCAGCCUUUCAAUGUGCUGACCGAAGGCCGGGAACGGAAAGUGACCGUGGACAUCGUGGCUGAUCAAGGCUUGCGCUGGAUCAAAGUGGUGGCUCGGAAUCCCAAGUCCCUGGACCAGAACUCGGAUGGGGCGGGCCAGUUUGGCCAACGCACCUUGAUGGAUCAGGUCCGGGAGUUUGUCAGAGGCUCGCGACAGAAUCGCAAGCUGUUUCAAGUCCCUAUCGUCCAUUUUAUGUUUCGUCAUGGCGUGUCGGACGUUUUAGCCCGGCAACUGGAACGAAAGGGCGUCCGCGUGAGCGGAACUAUCCUGCCACGCGAUCCCUCGGAUCCCCGUUUGGGGGAGCUCGAAGAUGCCUCAUCGUCCGAGUCGGAUUCCAGCCAGGACGAGGCCGAUAGUUCGGAUGAGACGCCAUCGUCCUCGGAGGAUGAGCGGAGUGUGGCCUCGAAACCGGGUAACCAGUUGUCAUGUGAGGCCGGAUUCGAUCCCCACACCCUGAAUUUGGACAUAACGGCCAUGAUUGCGUACGUGUCCGCUUUGACCAACGGCCACGCCCACUAUCGGUUUAAAGAAAAGAUCUUGACCGAACAAGCCUUAUGGGAACGCGCCCGGCCGGCUCGCGCUCAUCUCGACCAAAUCUUUGGCGACAAAGCGUUGAUUUGUUGCCAAUCCGCCAUGACGGACUUCCAAACCAUCAUUGGGACGCUGGGCGGGCCAGGUGAGCGAGCUCGGAGCCAGGCUCUGUUGGCUCGAGUGUCUACCGUACCCGACCAAAUGACCGAUCGAGUGAAGGUGCUCGAUGUGAGUGGCAAGAUCAAGGAACGGUCGCAAGCCAUCUUUGGUACGGGUGAUCGUCUGCGGGUCGCUACUGUUAGUGCCAACUCGGGUUUUGUCCGAGCGGCCAAAGGACAAGGUGUAGACUUGGCUGUGAUAUUGCACGAAUCUCGAGCAUUAACCGAGGAUAAGAUGAAAACGGCCAAACCCAUCACUGAUCAUGAAGAUUGAUUUUUUGUUGAUAAUAGUGUUUGUCUAAAGGAAUUACUCUUGUCAAAUGUAUCCAACGAAAUACCCUCGUUUAGGUGAAUUGCCAAUAAGACUUGUUUGUCAUUA